UCUGUCUGUGGAAACCUGCUUAUUUGCAGUAUAUAUGUAGCUCUCAUCACUUGUGCAUGGGGUGUGCAGAUUAUUGCAGAGGGCUUCGACUAUAGCUAAGCGCAAAAAAGCUCAGCGGCGGGCGAGCUAGCUGCUCACCGAUCAAUGGCAGUGGAGUACUUGUCCGGCGGGUGGCCGCUGUCGUCUUGGAUCAGCCCCGGCGCGGCGUUCUUCCUCUUCGUCAACGUGCUCAUCGGCGCCAUCGUGGUCACGUCCCGCGGGUACCACCACCAAGGUGGCCGCGCGGCGGCGGCGGCGUCCACGCGGAGGCUCUGCCGGAGCGCGUCGUCUAUGGUCCUCGACCGGCUCCGCUCCUUCUCCAUGUUCUCCGUCCACCCCGCCGCCGUCCCCAUGGAAAUGGAAGAAUACUACAGCUACAGCACGUCGUCCCCCGAGCUGGAACUGGAAGCAGAGCAGCUGGAGCAGCAGCAGCACCACCACCAACGACCAGCCGUUGCGGAACUAGCGAGAUCACCUGUUGCGGCGGCAGUAGCUGCAGCUCCUGCAGACGGCGCAUCAUCGUCCGAGAUCGCCAAGGAAGCGGCGGAAGACAUGUCCACCAGUUCGGACGACGAGGCCGCUCACGGUCUGGUGUUGCAGCAGGGUCACGGCCGGCAGCAGCCGCCGCCGGCGGCAGUAGACGUUGUUGUCACCGCCGACGAGGCAACAGCGGCCGUCGAUAGCCAGAGCCAGAGGCAGAGCCAGGAGGAGAAGUUGGCGGAACCAAGGACCAUGCAGCAGAGUGCACCUGCGUGCAGGCGGGAAACGGAGGAAGCACUGGAGGGGAAGGCGGCGCUGAACGCGCGGGCAGACUCGUUCAUCCGGAAGUUCCGGGAGGAUCUCAAGCUGGAGCGCCUCAACUCCAUCAUCAACUACACCCGCACGCUCCGCCGCGGCGCUGGCGCAGCAUCGCCCACCGCGCAGUAGCUCCCCGGGCUGCAUCGGUGGACGGUGGUCAAUUGUUUUGGUUUGUUUGCUCAAUGUGUAGUAGUAGAGUAUUAAUUUGAUUUUGUUUGCUCAUCAUCGCAAGAGUGCGAGAACAGAUAUAUUUGAAUUUGUAUGUGCUAGCUUUGUGUACAUGUGUGGCUUCCUUAUAUAUUUGGGUAAAAAUUCAGACAAA